AUGAGGAAGUCGGCGAUCCCCGGCGCCUCGUUCGGUGUUCGGUUGUCAGAGAAACGGCAGGGCAAGCAAACAACUCCACCCGACUUCCGCAUGCCCAACGCGACUGCACCACCAUCGACCGGCUCUACUCGGCACAAGCUCAACUCAAUCCUAACCGUCAUGGCGGACAUCAGCGCAGCCUUGUCGUCAGAGAUUACCAGGAUACUCCAAUGCAUAUAUCCCGCCUCGCUAUUCGCAAAUUCAUCCAAAUCGGAUUUUGAACAUCUACCGGAUGGUGUCCUUUUGCCUGCGGAAGCCCAGGGCUUCUUCCUCAAUUCGUUCCAAAAAGCUAUCCAGGCCCCCAGCGUGGACACGCUGAGCCUGCUUCCGAGCGACGUCAGACGCAAGUUCGACGCGGGACUGUGUGGGAUCCUCAAGUCUAACUCUCCCGGCGAAUCAUCGACGUUGCUGUCAUGGGUGUGCGGUAUAGUGUUUGCCACGGAGCAUCCGGAGGGUGUCACCAGCAUACAAACUCCAAGCGCCAAUGAACAGCCAGUAUCUACCGAAAGCUUGCAGCAGCAGUGGAAGACAAUAUCGGGCCAAAAGCUGUUUGGCUCCAUGGGUCAUCUUUACAAGACCAUCAGCCUGUUUGUUGACCAGGAUGUCAAGAAUAGCUGGGGCAAGCAAGAUCAGACUACACGUACUCUGUUCAAAAAGUUUCCGGAGAAGAUUUCAGUAGAUCCAGAGAGUGCUUCCGAGCUCCUCUCUGCAUCGCUCCCACUGUUUGCACUAGUAGCCACUACAAUCGCUUCGUUACUGGUUGUCGCUUUCGCAGCUGAUCUAGACGCGCCCAAGUUACCCAACGCCCUUAUCGUCGCUCUUAUCAAGAAACAGCAGAACCUACCGCCAAUCAUGAAUGCUUGCUCGCACUCAUUGGAUAACUCCCCUCCAUCCUCAAUAUCGCUAUUCCAACAAGCAAGUACCCAAUAUACAGGCCAGCAUCUCCAGGAAUGGAAGGAACGGAUCAAUUCAGUGGUGGAUAGCCAAAGCAAGUAUCAGAAAGAGCUGUUCACCCGGGAAGUAGCCAAAUAUUGCGAAGAUCUCGAAACACGCUGCAACACGGUCGAAGAACCACUACGGAGGGAGGAAGAGAGGUCUAAGAGGCUCGAAGGGCAGGUUGAGAGGCUUCUCAGUGACAUCGAGUCAUUAUCAAAACAAAGGGAGGACGAUAUGCACUACCAAGAAGGGUUGGAAAAAGACCUGGAAGAUGCCAAGGAUUACAGAAACAGGGUAGAACUGGAGCAGCGGAGAAUGAUCGAAGAGAAAGAGGAAAUGUCCGCUAAAUUACAGGAUGUGGAAGAGGCCUUGGAGAGAACAAACCGGCAAGCGGAAGACAUGCUGAAUGCUGCGCAGGAAGACUUUGCUGAGAAAGAGACCAACUUUCGCUCAACACUCCUCCAACGUGAAGAUGAAAAACGCCACCGAGAUGCCGAAAUGGAGUCGUUGCGCAUCGCCAUAAAUGAGUUGAGAGAGUCCCAAGUACAAUGGGAGAAGGAUCAUUAUAGCCUCGCCGAGGAGCACGAACGCCUCCGAGCGCGCUGUUGUGACACAGAAGAACUGCUCCAAAAGGAGCGCGAAAACGCCAACCGUCAGGCAGACGAGCUUUCCCGCCUGGAAUCGCAGCUUUCCGAAUACCAGCAAGACUUGGAACACAAGGAAACCGAACUGAGAGAUACGAAUGAACGACUGAAAACAUUGCAAGGUCGCCACGAAGAACUGAGACAUGAAUCGGAAGAGAGAUUGAGAAACCUGGCGGCCAAACAUGCCGAUACUUUGGAUGCUGCGAUACUGAAAGCUGAAGAGGAACGCGAAGAAAUUGGGGCUCAGCUACAGAACGCUCUACAAGCAUUCAAGCACGAAGCUGCUGAGCACGAAAAGACUAGUGGCGAAGCCCAGCGUCUUCGAGAGUCGAUUCCACCAUUAAAGUCUAGGAUACAAGAGCUCCAAAAGAUCUGCACAGAGCAGGAGGAGGAACUUGAGUCGCUCAGAAACUGGCAUACGGAGAUGUUAGCUCAUUUGAAGCAGCCCUUGAAUGUUCGGCCGUCUUCUCGAUCUUACAAAGACGCUAUUCAGCCACAGCCAACAGAGGAGAGAACUCAUCGGCGACGAAAGUCCACCAGAAGCAGUCAGGAUAUAGCACAAAAAGCUGCAAAAAGUCCCCAAGUACUCACGAACACGGUCAUGGACAAGGCCACUGAUGAUUCUUUUGUCUCGCCUACAGACUCGUACUCUUCUCAAGGGGAUGGUCCGGCCCCUAAGCGUCCCAAACCACAGUCAAACUUUAAGUCCAUGAGGCAGCGUAGUAGUAGUCUUCAGGAUGAUGAACAAGCAGAUUUUGGGAUGGACGACGACUUCACGUCAGGAACGCCACUCACUCCGGGUUAUGCAGCGGGCACUGGGAGAGCCCCGGAAGAUGACGAUGGCAGUAUGACUGAACUUUGA